GCGCGUCGUUUUGUUUUUACACUGCUUUGGUUUAUAAAAUGAAAAAAAAUUAAAAAUCAAAUCGGGAAAAUGGCCCAGUACACGCCCCGCCAGCUGCUGACAGUGCCCAAAGCCCAGGAUUUUGGAUUUCCGUACGCCCCAUACGAAAUCCAGGAGCAGCUGAUGCAGGAGCUCUUCCAGGUGCUCGAAAAGGGCCAAGUGGGGAUAUUUGAAAGUCCCACUGGGACGGGAAAGUCCCUGACUCUCACCUGUGGCUCCCUCACAUGGCUGGCAAGACACGAAGAGCUGGUGCGGGCGGAAAUGCUGGCGAGGAUUCGCGAAGUGGAGCAGGAGUUGGCUAACCUGGAAAAGGAGGGCGAGCAGACGAAGGAUUGGUUUGGAAGCCAGGGAAGGUCCAGGAUGCAACGGGAGGAACUUCGUGACCUGCAGCACUUACAGCAACUACUAGAUAAACAAGAAGAACAACUAGCGCAAAUCAAGAAGCAGGCUAAAAUCCAUAAGAAGCAAAGAAAGGAGCAGCUCAUCCGGCAGGAUGAACUGGAGAAGGAUCAGGAUCCGGCCUCUGACGUGGAUUCAGAGCACGAGACUGAAGACAUGCCCGAGGAAGCCUUGGGAGAUCACUAUCGACCUGUCCAGAUCUUCUUCUGCAGUCGAACGCACUCGCAACUGAGCCAAAUAGUUUCCGAACUUCGCAAAACUUCGUUCAACCAGUCGGUAAGGUGCAUCUCUUUGGGUUCCCGUCAGCAGUUGUGCUGUAAUCCGCAAGUGCGCAGUCUGAAAAACGUGGGACUAAUGAACGAACGGUGUUUGGAAAUGGCUACCCAGAAAGAUCAGCCCAAUCCGACCAAGAAAAGUCGACUCACUAUGAAAGCUAACGGUAGAUGCUCGUUUAAAGCGGCGGCCUUGGUGGAUUCGCUCAGGGAUUUGGCACUGAGUGAACCCCUAGACAUUGAGGAGCUAGCCAACGAGGGAAUCGCUUGUGGCGGCUGCUCGUAUUACGCCUCCAGAUCUGCCCUAAAGCAGGCCCAACUGAUUCUGCUGCCCUACCAGUUGCUACUCCACAAAUCCGCUCGGCAACAGCUGGGCAUUAAUUUAAAAGGAUCGAUUGUACUAGUCGAUGAAGCCCACAAUCUUUUGGAAUGUUUGGCGCAGUUGCAUGGCGCCGAGAUCAACCGCCAGCAAUUAGAGCGAGCUAAAGUGGAGGUCUCCGCCUACAAGGAUCAUUUCCAAAAGCGUUUCAGCACCAGUAAUCUCUUGAAAAUAAACCAAAUUAUCUUUAUAGUUCGACGGCUUCUCAAAAGUCUUGAUCAAGGUGAGGAAAGCCAGUCUAAGAGCUCAAGGAUGCUGCGCACCUAUGAGCUUACCGCCGAGGGAGAUUUUUUUAACAUUAAUCUGAGCGAGCUCCUGGAUUUUUGUGCACGCACACGUUUCGCUAGAAAAGUUCAGGGACAUGCGGCCAAGAUGCAGAGGGCACCCCAGCCCAAUGAGAAUCAGCCUCCUUUGUCAUCAGCAAGGAGUUUGAUCCUCAAAAGAUUAGCCAACGAGCAAAAGCAAAAGGAGAUCAUUAAGCAAGGAAAGCGGAAACUAGGCGACAUAGAGGAUAAGGUCGAGGAGCCGGCAAAGAUUAUUCCCUUGAAAGAAACGCCGUCGCCGAUAAGACCUCUGCUGGCGUUUCUUGAAACGCUCACCAGCAAUGCAGAGGACGGUAGGAUAUUACUUGAUCCUAAAGAGGGAACGAUUAAAUAUUUACUGCUCGACCCCGCUGAGCAGUUUUCGGAUAUCUUGAGCGAAGCAAGAGCGAUCGUUAUUGCCGGGGGAACCAUGCAGCCCACUCAAGAGCUAAAAGAGCAGCUUUUUGCCAGCUGCCAAGAGCGGCUAGUAGAGCGUUUUUACAGGCAUGUUGUGCCCGACGAAGCCGUCUUGCCUUUUGUGGUAUCUAAUGGUCCAAAGGGUGCACUCUUGCAUUUCAACUUUGCCCAGAGAUCUAGUCCAGAAAUGAUGCAGGAGCUCUCAAUGGUGCUCCAGAAUCUCUGCCAAGUGGUUCCAGGUGGAGUGAUUUGCUUUUUGCCCUCAUACGAGUAUUUGGAGAAAGUUUACAAUCAUCUGGAGCUGUCGGGAACCCACGAGAGGAUUAGUCGCAGGAAGACGGUCUUCCGGGAGGUCGCGGGAUCAGCGGAACAACUCUUGGAGAAGUAUGCACUGGCCAUCAAGGAACCGAGAUCGGGCGGAGCUCUCCUUUUGAGUGUCGUCGGAGGAAAACUCUCUGAGGGGCUGAACUUUGCCGACGAUCUUGGCAGAGCAGUUCUAGUCGUUGGUCUUCCGUACCCCAAUCGCCAGUCGCCAGAGCUGCAGCAGCGAAUGCGGCACCUGGAUGAGAAACUGGGACCAGGAUCAGGCAACGAAUUUUACGAGAAUCUCUGCAUGAAAGCUGUGAACCAGUGUAUUGGACGAGCAGUUCGACACAUAAAGGACUACGCUUGCAUUUAUCUUUUGGAUGAACGCUUUGCGAACGCCAGGAUUCAGAGAAAACUUCCCGAAUGGAUUUCCCGCCACAUUGUGGAGGCGAGUACCGAAAGGGGUGGCUUUGGAGUAGUUCAAGCUCGUACUGCUAGUUUUUUUAAAAGCAGAUAAGGAAUCUUUGAACCUAAUCAUAAGCAGUCAUUUCAAAAAUGUCAUUGUUUUAGGUUUUUUUUUAUACUUUUUGUGUAUUAUACUUUGGUAGAAAACCAAGUUAAGUGUAAGACUUACAAACCAUGUUUAUAAUUAAAAAUUGAAA